AUGGCCCGGCCUGGUGGCUCCCUGAGCAGGACGCCGCCCCGCGGGGGCUUGGGGGGGGGACACACGGGGACACCCCCAUGUCCCCAAGGCCCCGCUGAGGUCACCCCCGCGCUCCCUGCAGACCACGCCGGCAUCGCCCAGCGCGAUGUCAUCGACCGGUUCCAGGAGGAGGUGGCGCUGACCCUGCAGAGCUACAUCGAGCACCGGCAUCCCCCCCCCGAGGGCAGGUUCCUGUACGCCAAGCUGCUGCUGCUGCUGACGGAGCUGCAGACGCUGAAGGUGGAGAACACGCGGCAGAUCCUGCACAUCCAGGACCUGUCGGCCAUGACGCCGCUGCUCUCCGAGAUCAUCAGCUGAGCGCGGCGCCCUGCCCCGUGUCACCCCCCCGGUCCCCAAGUGUCACCCCCGGCCGCCACCGGGCACAGAGUAAAGCUCCUUUAUUUAUCCGGGCUCCCGGGUGCGUCAGCGCAGGGAAACUGAGGCACGGCCGCCGCGGCGCUGGGGACAACGGGGACCCCCAGUGGCAGCGGCCACCCGCGGGAGGUGGCACUGGGGACAACGGGGACCCCCAGCCCUCCCGUGGCGCUGUCACUCGCUGUCCCCAGCCUGCGUUGUCCCCGCGGGUCCCUGUGGCACCUGCAUGUUCCGGCCUGGCGGCUCCCUGAGCAGGACGGUGCCACUUGCCCGCUGUCCCUGCUGUCCCCUGUCCUGUCCCUGCUGUCCCCUGUCCUGUCCCUGCUGUCCUGUCCCCUGUGCUGUCCUGUCCCCUGUCCUGUCCCUGCUGUCCCCUGUCCUGUCCCCGCUGUCCCU